AUGGCUCAACUAAGGUCAAUAAUCGCUAUUGUCGAAUGUUUGGUAUUGGGUUGUUCGGAAAAAUGUCACGUAUAUUGUGCUAAAACAUUACAAGAUCAUGUUGAAGAAUCUCUAGCUGUUUCGAAAAACAAAAUUCAGGAAGACAAUAUAGAGCUAUUUUCUGGAGGGAUGGCAAUGAGCCAAUGGGUCGGAGAAUAUAUUUACGAUUCUAAGUUAAAACUAGAUAAAUAUCUCAUGCUAGAUAUUGCUACUGCUCAGGCUUCCCUGCAAAAUCAUAUUGGUUCACUAAGGGCUCAGUCCCAUGUUCGUUGCAAAGUUUUUUCAAGUCCAUUUACCUCUGGUGAUGAUAAGAGGCUUUUGUUGUUAGGGAAAUGUAUUGAAUUCCAUAGAAAGAUAAAUAGUUUUGAGAGGAGUAAACUUCGGAUAAAGGCUGUUGCUACGGUUGAACCCAAGUCUUUGGUUCGCAAGGGAGGUGAAAAAAGAAAACCAAGUCGUGAGAAUGAACAGCUUGGUGCCAAUUCAGAUAGCUUGGCAGCUCAAGUGGAGUCUACACAUGAAGACUCGAUGACAUUAGAUGACAGAGAAAAAUUGAGACGGAAAAGGAUUUCUAAAGCAAAUAAAGGGAACACGCCAUGGAACAAAGGCAAGAAACAUAGUCCUGAAACCCUUCAAAAGAUUAGAGAGAGGACAAAGCUUGCGAUGCAGGAUCCUAAGGUGAUCAAAGAGACUAGGGUGAAAAUUGGGCAUGGAGUUAAAUUAGGGUGGCAAAAGCGUCGGGAGAAGCAGAUAAUGCAGGAAAGUUGUUAUUUUGAAUGGCAGAACUUAAUUGCUGAAGCUUCAAGAAGAGGCUAUAUUGGUGAGGAAGAGCUGCAGUGGGAUUCCUACAAUAUCUUAAGGCAACAGCUUGAGGUUGAAUGGGUGGAGAGUAUUGAACAAAGGAAAACAACGCCUAGACCAAAAGGUAGCAAGAGAGCCCCAAAAUCCCUUGAACAAAGAAGAAAAAUAUCAGAAGCCAUUGCUGCUAAAUGGGCUGAUCCAGAAUACCGUGAGAGAGUUUACUCUGGGCUUUGUAAAUAUCAUGGCAUGCCAGCUGGAGUUGAAAGGAAGCCAAGGCGGACAGCUAGCAGUCGUACACAGUCUGCUAGACGGGACUCCACAAAGAGAAGAACUAGUGAUACAGAAAUGGGGGAUACCAGAAACCCAAUUCAGCAGUUGAGGCGAAGAAGUAAGACACCGGCAUAUAAGGAUCCUUUGGCAAGUGCGAAAUUGGAGAUGAUAAAGAGCAUCAGAGCACAAAGAACUGCCACAGAAACCAAGAAAAAUGAAGCCAUUGAUCGAGCAAGGUCAUUAAUUGUGGAAGCUGAGAAGGCUGCAAACGCUCUUGAAGCUGCUGCAAUGAAGAGCCCCAUUGCUCGUGCCUCACUAAUCGAAGCCAGAAACCUUAUUGCUGAAGCAAUUCAAUCAAUUGAAUUCGUGGAUAAUGAGGAUAGCGUAUCCAAUGAUAUGAUGUCUAAUGAGAACGGCAGGCACCCAUCUCUUGCCCCAUCUGAGCUUAGAGAGGUUGAGAAGGAAAUAAAUGCAGCCGACAGAGGCUGGGAUCAAGUAGAGUUGAGACAAGUAAAUGGGACCAAGAUCCUGGAAACAAGUAAAGAUGAAGACCUCAAUUUCAGUAAUUUAGCCUUCCAUGAUGUACUGAAUGGUGAGAAGGAACUUCUCCCUUUAAGCUCCAGUGCAUAUGGGCUGCCUUCGCCGAGUAUGGAGAGUCUUGUAAACCAUUCGAGUACAGGAAAGCAACCUAACCAAGUGGAACCAAACGGGAGUCUCAAGUCUGAAAAGAUUAAUCUACCAAAUGGAUCCAGAGUUCCGCAUGUGAAAGAAGAGACACAUUCCAAAUCAGUCACUACUAAGAAAUGGGUUCGUGGGAGGCUUGUUGAAGGGACAGAAAGAGAUUGA